AUGCUCGUUCUACCGGCUCUGGCAGCCAUUUUUGUUCUCCUACUAUGUCUCAAAACUUCUCCUUCAUCGUUCGUGGAGGCCCAACAAGACAGCCUCGGGCGCAUCAAUGUUCAUGAGUUGCUCCAGCUUGUCGAACCUAAUUUGCUCUCGGAGGACAAUAACACGAACGACUUUGCCCCUUGGUCCUACAAGCCAAUUUGCACUCGAUUUAUCGACAGUAUUGGCAGCAAGCUUUGCGUGUAUACCAGCAGUACAUUCGGCAACUACAGGGGUCUUUCAGUUUUCACGACCCCUGAGAUCUCUCGGAAAAUAGCUGCUUCAGUCUCAUUCCGCAGCCCGAAAAGCCUGGCUGAUCAUGCACUCAACGUGGUCGAAUCUAGGUGGUAUACGAAGCCUACUCCUGGAAAAGGGCUAGGCAUGUUUGCUGGAGACCAUAUCCGACCUGGAGAGAGGGUCACGGCCAACACACCUAUCCUAAUAGCCUAUACCGAGGGCUUCCUACCCAAGGCUGAGCGCGAGGAAUACCUCCGCAUUGCCGUUGACCAACUGCCGGGUCCAACGAAGAAAUCGUUGUUGGAAUUAUCUACUCUAUAUGAUGAUCGUGAAAUUCCAAUUCAAGGCAUCAUCAGUGGUAAUGCUUUCGACUUGCAAAUUGAUGGCAACGGACAUCUUGCAGUCUUUCCAGAAGCAUCAAGAAUCAAUCACGCUUGUUCGCCAAAUUCUCAAUUCCGAGUUGACUCGUCUCUGCUUUCACAUUAUGUUGUCGCUGUACGCUCAAUAGAUAAGGAUGAAGAAAUCACCAUAGCAUAUUCCAAUCCGCUCGAAGACCAUGCCCAAAGACAGCAACACCUCAAACAAUCAUUCGAUUUCACCUGCAGGUGUUUACGUUGUUCUCAGGGUCAAGAAGCAGAUGCGGCCUUGAACGAAAUAGCCGAGUUGCAAUUAAUACUUUCAGACUGGACACCAUCUUCCGAGGCUAGCAUCAAGAAAGCCGAAAAAUUGGUCAAAACGUAUCAAGAUCUCGGUCUAGAGGGAUACAUGGACCCUGCAUACUGCCAUGCCGCAUUGAUGUACAAUUCUGUUGGGAGUAUUCGGGGCGCAAAGAAGUACAUUGAUCUAGCGAUUGAGGCUAACAAACUGAGACUUGGACCAAAAUUAUCAGAUCUUGGGGCAUGUGACAACAUGGUUGAUGAAUUUCAGAGCCACUGGAGCUGGAGGAGGAGAAAGCCCGUGUAA